UCCCAUGAAGUGAUGGGACCAGAUGCCAUGAAUUGCUCAAAUCUUUUACUUUUUUGAGUUCACGUUUUGAAUCUCUUUAAAAAAAAAGAAAUUGGUAAAAUUCAGAAUCCACAAGAAGGGUUUACGUGUAGAGACUGGGUGAAUGCAGCACUCUAUUGUUUGUUUUGCCUUAGGAAAACAAUCCUGGUGGAAAAACACAUCUUUGUGGCUUUAAUAAAUAAUAAAAUGACAAACAUUAAAAUCUAGCUCUCCUUCCUCUCUUCUGCUCUUCUUUCCACCAAUGUAUUAUGUCUAAGGAGAAAUUGCAAGAAUAAUAGCUUAAAUUCUCUAUGACCACUUCUGUGGUUUGUAACGUAGAUAUGUAAGUUAUGUAUUUAAAGUAAAAAUUAGGAGAUGCAGCUAGUACUUGUAACAGGGAAGAUGCUUUUAUUUAGGAUUUUUUCUUCUCUUCCCCACAUGUAGAUGAAACUCUUAGGUUGUUUAACUACUUUUGAUUUAGAAAGUAUAAAAAAGAGUAUUUUAGAAAGUUAAAAUAGAAGAAACAUAAAAAUAUCAAAGUCCUAUAAAGAAGCUGUUUUUCCCUCCCAUGGUUUUACUGCAGUAAUCACUUUUUAAAAUCAGUGCAUGUGGCAAUCCCAGUAAGAUGUGAAGAAAUGGUUCAAUAAAAUAUCAAAGAUCUGUUUGAUCAAAGUUAAUUAUUGAUAGCCUUGAGGUUGAAAUGGGAUAGCUAUUUUUUUUUUCUAUGUUAAAUGUGUUUUUCAUUUUAAAAUUACAAAGACUUUUUGGCAGAGAUGAACUCAAGAAGAUUGUUAGAGACAGAUAGUAAGUCUUUAAGAUCUGUAAAUGGAUCAAGAAGGAACAGUGGCUCCUCCCUGGUGUCAAGUUCAUCAGCCUCUAGCAACCUCAGUCACCUUGAAGAAGACUCUUGGAUUCUUUGGGGAAGAGUUGUUAAUGAAUGGGAAGAUGUGCGCAAAAAGAAGGAGAAACAAGUUAAGGAACUUGUUCGUAAAGGGAUACCCCAUCAUUUUAGAGCAAUAGUUUGGCAACUUUUGUGCAGUGCACAAAGUAUGCCAAUUAAGGAUCAGUAUUCAGAACUCCUGAAAAUGACCUCACCUUGUGAAAAAUUGAUCCGAAGGGACAUUGCUAGAACUUAUCCUGAACACAAUUUUUUUAAGGAAAAAGAUAGCCUUGGACAGGAAGUUUUGUUUAAUGUAAUGAAGGCAUAUUCUUUAGUGGAUCGUGAGGUUGGUUACUGUCAAGGAAGUGCUUUUAUAGUUGGAUUGCUGCUUAUGCAGAUGCCAGAAGAAGAAGCUUUCUGUGUAUUUGUUAAAUUAAUGCAAGAUUAUAGACUUCGUGAACUUUUUAAACCAAGUAUGGCAGAAUUGGGCCUUUGUAUGUACCAGUUUGAAUGCAUGAUACAGGAGCACCUUCCAGAGCUCUUUGUGCAUUUUCAGUCUCAGAGUUUUCAUACCUCAAUGUAUGCAUCAUCAUGGUUUCUGACUAUCUUCCUUACAACUUUUCCACUACCAAUUGCAACAAGGAUAUUUGAUAUCUUUAUGUCUGAGGGUUUAGAAAUAGUGUUUCGGGUAGGAUUAGCGCUUCUUCAGAUGAAUCAGGCAGAACUGAUGCAACUCGACAUGGAAGGGAUGUUACAGCACUUUCAGAAGGUCAUUCCACAUCAGUUUGAUGGUGGUCCAGACAAAUUAAUCCAGGCAGCUUACCAAGUCAAGUAUAACUCUAAAAAAAUGAAAAAGCUUGAGAAGGAAUAUACUACAAUAAAAACUAAAGAAAUGGAAGAACAAGUUGAAAUUAAAAGGUUACGAACAGAAAAUAGACUUUUAAAACAGCGCAUUGAAACAUUAGAAAAAGAAAGUGCUUCCUUGGCAGAUAGAUUGAUACAGGGACAAGUGACAAGAGCCCAGGAGGCUGAGGAAAACUACCUCAUAAAACGGGAGCUGGCCACCAUCAAACAGCAGAGUGAUGAGGCCAGUGCUAAACUGGAGCAAGCUGAAAAUACCAUCAGGAAGCUCCAGCACCAACAACAAUGGCAUAAAUGCAGUUCCAACUACAAUGAAGAUUUUGUGCUACAGCUGGAGAAGGAAUUGGUCCAAGCCCGACUGAGUGAAGCUGAGUCUCAGUGUGCACUGAAGGAAAUGCAGGAUAAAGUUCUGGAUAUAGAAAAGAGAAACAACUCCUUUCCUGAUGAGAAUAACAUUGCAAGACUUCAGGAAGAACUCAUUGCUGUGAAACUGAGAGAAGCAGAAGCUAUUAUGGGUUUGAAAGAGCUUAGACAACAAGUCAAGGAUUUGGAGGAACACUGGCAGCGCCACUUAGCUCGUACUACUGGGAGAUGGAAAGACCCACAUAAGAAAAAUGCCAUGAUUGAGUUACAAGAUGAACUGAUGACCAUCCGACUUAGAGAAGCUGAAACACAAGCAGAAAUAAAAGAAAUAAAACAGAGGAUGAUGGAAAUGGAAACACAGAACCAGAUCAAUAGUAAUCAUCUUCGAAGAGCAGAGCAAGAGGUGAUCAAUCUACAGGAGAAGGUGCAAUAUCUUUCUGCACAGAACAAAGGAUUGCUUACCCAAUUGAGUGAAGCAAAGCGCAAACAAGCAGAGAUUGAAUGCAAGAACAAGGAAGAAGUGAUGGCUGUGAGACUCCGGGAAGCAGAUAGCAUAGCAGCUGUUGCUGAACUACAGCAGCACAUUGCUGAGCUUGAAAUCCAGAAAGAAGAAGGAAAGCUUCAAGGACAGCUUAACAAGUCUGAUUCUAACCAGUACAUUAGGGAACUGAAAGAUCAGAUAGCAGAGCUGAAUCAUGAGCUCAGGUGCCUAAAAGGCCAGAGAGGCUUCUCCAGCCAACCCCCUUUUGAUGGAAUCCACAUCGUCAACCAUUUAAUAGGAGAUGAUGAAUCAUUCCAUUCCUCUGAUGAAGAGUUUAUAGAUAAUUCCUUACAGGAAAGUGGCAUUGGUUUCCCUUUGCACAGAAAAUCUGGUCCAAUGUCUUUGGACCCCACUCUGGCAGAUGGUAGUGAAAGCGAAGUAGAAGACAGUGUGCUGGAGACCAGAGACAGCAGUCGAGUGGCUCAAAAGGAGCAGCCCCUGAGAAGAGCCUCGUACUCAACCACCGUCUGACCAUCACUGUGACCUAGACUGUGGAUUUUUCUUUAAGGGAUCAGUUAUCAUGACUAAGGGUUUUUGGAACAUAUCUGUUUCAUAUGUAUAUGUGUGUGUAUAUAUAUAUAUAAAUAUAUAUUUUACAGUC